AUGGCAUAUCUUUUGCACAGAUCGAAGGUGGAGCAUCGGAGGCAUGGCGUCAAGCGGCCCCUGCCCGAGCCUGACGAUGAGGAGGCUCAACCGGCGGCGUCGCUGUCGCCGGCGUCGGUGCCGACGAUCAGUCUAGAGCGCCACUUCCCGCGGCGGCGGCAGCAGCAGAUUGUGCUCGGACGAGGUGGUGGGGCUGGUGUGGGUCACGAUGGGUGCUGGUCUGCACCGGCGCCGGCGCCGUACCACGUGCAGACCCAUCAGCAGCAAGGCGCGUACUACUCCACCAUAGCGUACGACGACGUCGGCGCGGGCUCCUCCACCACCUCGUCGCAUCAAGCGGGCCACCUGGCCGCCGCAGCCGUGCCGCCGGCGCCCGCUGGAUCUCAUCAGCAGGCGACGCCGGAAGCUGGAACUGCUGCUGCUGCUGCCGCCGCCGCGGGUGGCCAGGCAGUGGAGGUGCAAGAAGAAGAAGGUAACGUGACGAGAAGGCACUACCGUGGCGUGCGGCGGCGGCCGUGGGGCAAGUGGGCGGCGGAGAUCCGUGACCCCGCGAAGGCGGCGCGCGUCUGGCUCGGUACCUUCGACACCGCAGAGGCCGCCGCCGCAGCGUACGACGACGCCGCGCUCCGGUUCAAGGGCGCCAAGGCCAAGCUCAACUUCCCCGAGCGCGUCCGGGGCCGCACCGGCCAGGGCGCGUUCCUCGUCAGCCCUGGCGUCCCCCAGCAGCCGCCGCCGUCUUCCCUGCCAACUGCAGCCGCGCCGUUCCCCGGCCUGAUGCGGUACGCGCAGCUGCUCCAGGGUUGGAACAGCGGGAACAACGCGGCCAGCAGCGCCGGUGGUCUCGCACUGCCGGCAUUGGCAAUGCCGCCGGCACAGGCGUCGUCAUCGGUGCAGAUUCUGGACUUCUCGACGCAGCAACUCGUCCGGGGAUCACCGACGACGUCGGCAUCGAUGUCUAGGACUAGCAGAGUAGAUGAGGCGCACGAGGCGCACCAGAGUUGCAAUGCUCCUGACUGAUCUUUCGAACAAUUUUUUUCCGAACGAAAUCCUGACUAAUUUUGGUCAGCAUGAGUGCCAAAAUCAAUAUUAUCAGGGGAUCUCACAUUCUGACCUA